CAGCAGGUAUAUAAGGGAAUCUUCUUCCUCAGCAUCAGAGUUGGCUUCUCUUCAUCAGUGCUUAUACUUGUACACGCAUCAGGAUGGCGCGCGUUAUCCUGCUGGUGCUGCUGGCCAUCGCCGGGUCCUGCCUUGGCGCAAAGCUGCCCACCAUUCCCGGCGUCCGCGAAGGCAGCGGCAAGCAGGUCUUCCCUGACCUCUUCUCCUCCCAGAACGCCCUCAGUAGCUACCUCCCGCCGCCUCCAAAGCCCUGUGUCCCUGACAACACGGUAGAGACCAUUACCUCUUAUGGCGGUAGCACUAGGACCAUCGUCAGCACCAGAUUCCAGACGAGAACGGUGACCAGCACACAGCGCCAAGUGUCUACCGUGUACACCACCUCCUUCGUCCAAAAUGUGCAACCCACCACCAUCCGCACCACCGUCUACACCACCAGGGCCACUACCCGAAUCCAGACCAGCACCACCUCCGUGGGUGGAGGCGUGGCCACGGUCACCCAGAGACAGACACAGGUGGUCACCCGCACCCAGACACAAACUCAGGUCUCCACAAGGGUCACCACAAUUGGCAGCACCGUCACCAGGACACAAACCUCCACCCAGGUUAUACCAACUACCUACACCCGCACCGCUAUCCAGACCAGGACACAAGUGGUGACCCGUACCCUGCCUGCUGUCACAAGCACACGCGUGGAGACCGAAACAAGAACAGAGGUGGUGACCCGCACCAGUCCAGGACAAACUCGCACCGUCACGGUGACGCAGGUCAACACAGCCUACGUCACUCGCACCUCCACGCUGCCGCAGCGCACCGUCACAGUCAUGUCCACGCUCUUGAACACCGUGAGGAGCACCGUGGUCACCACCAUGGUCAGCACGCGGAUCAAUGACCAACAAGUGACCCGCACCGAGACGGCAACCCGCUCCACUGCGGUGGUCACCACUAGACAGGUAGUCUCCACUGUACUCAGCGAUCGUGUGGUGCAGUCCACUGUCACUGACUUCCAGACAAGCACGCAGGUGGUGCCCAGUACAACCAUUGUGCAGACCAGCGUCACCAGAACUGUGCAACAAAACGGUCCUGACUCUACCCGUGUGGUGACGGUGACAACCACCAGCACAGUGACCCGUGGCGGCGGCACUCGCACCACACAGGUGGUAAACUACGUUGACCGGACCACAGUGGUGACCAGCUACAUCUCCAGCCUUGUGCCCUCCACCGUGAUCCGCACCACCACCCUGCCCUGCACCGCCACCGGCUACCAUUACGAAGAACCUGCGAUUAAGUUCCCAGUCGGUUAACUGUCUCCUCGAUGAUGAAGUGAGGAGCUGGAGGCUAGUCGGCGCGCCACUAACUUAUGACCUCUUCACUGUCCAUAUAAAAAUUGGUCUCUAGUUUCAAUAAACAUCACCGUGACACAAAUUCCUCACACAACGCAUGUCUCGCUCUUCGGAGGAAAGGAGGGGUGAGCGAAGAACAUGUUAAGUGAGCGUAAUUUCAUUCAAUUUUGUAUUGACUCAUACAUUAUGUUACCUACGACAAAAACAUGAUUGAAAGUAGUGUGCCUCAGGGCGUCCCUUCCCUUCCCCCCCCCCACCUAUGCCCCGACACUCGCCUGGCAGCCUCCAACCUCGCUCUUCCCACCCACACUCCCCCGCAUCAGAAGCAUCAAUGAAACACUAAACUGAUGGCGGUUUAUUACAUUCUUUGAUAAACUAUUGACGACG